AUGGAUAAUACUACCGAGAAGAAGGAGCCUACAAAGGUUCCUAGAAGAAGAUUUGUUGGUAAACGUAAGACCGAUGGAAAAACUAUCACAACUGUCAAGGCUGAUGGUAAUGAGGUUGUAAGGCAGACUAAGAGCAGAGUACAUGUUGGUAGAAGUUUAAACCAUAUUCCCGAUGAUAUCAUGGAAGAUGAAGAACUUAAUGAAGCUAUCAAGCUUCUGCCACAAAAUUAUAAUUUUGAGAUACAUAAAACAGUUUGGAAUAUUCGUAAGCAUGGUGCUAAGCGUGUGGCCUUACAAAUGCCAGAAGGUUUACUAAUUUACUCAUUAUUGAUAAGUGAUAUAUUAGAACAGUUCUGUAAUGUCGAGACUGUUGUUAUGGGUGAUGUAUCAUACGGUGCGUGUUGUAUUGAUGACUUUACUGCAAGAGCUUUAGAUUGUGAUUUUAUUGUGCAUUAUGCACAUUCAUGUUUAGUUCCGAUAGAUAUCACAGAAAUAAAGGUGCUGUAUGUUUUUGUCACGAUAGCUAUAGAUGAGACCCAUGUUAUAAAGACUUUACAAAAGAACUUCCCAAAAGGUUCAAGAUUGGCUACAUUUGGUACAAUUCAAUUUAAUCCUACUGUUCAUUCUAUUAAAGAUACCCUAUUAAAUGAUAAGGAACAUAUGUUAUACAUUGUUACACCACAGAUCAAACCCCUUUCGCGAGGAGAAGUUUUGGGUUGUACGUCAGAAAGACUUGAUAAGAAUCAAUUUGAUGCUAUGGUUUUUAUUGGUGAUGGUAGAUUCCACUUGGAGUCAUCUAUGAUACAUAACCCAGAAAUUCCAGCAUUCAAAUAUGAUCCGUAUAACAGAAAGUUUACUAGAGAGAGAUACGAUCAAAAGCAAUUGGUACAAGUUAGAGGCGAGGCACUUCAGGUUGCUCAAAAGGGUAAAGUCUUUGGUUUAAUUUUGGGUGCCUUGGGUAGACAAGGAAAUGUUGAUACAGUUCGUAAUUUAGAAGAGAAACUUAUAAAGGCAGGUAAAACAGUUGUGAAAAUAAUUCUGAGUGAAAUUUUCCCUCAAAAACUGGCAAAAUUUGAUAAGAUUGACGUUUUUGUACAAGUUGCUUGUCCUCGGUUAUCUAUUGAUUGGGGCUACGCCUUUCCAAAGCCAUUGCUUACUCCUUAUGAGGCGAAUGUUUUGUUGAAUCAUGAUGUUAUGUUUUCUGAAGAGUACUAUCCAAUGGAUUACUAUGAAACUAAUGGGUAUGGUCGUGGUAGAAUUCCAGAACAUGCUCUAGUUAAAAAUUGA